AAGUUGCACAAUUAUGCCAUUUUUGACAAUAAAUUCCGAAACCCUAACUUGUUCGUUUUUUCCAUACUCAUCCCCUUGGAAAAAUCAAAGAUACUCACAGGCGCAGCGAUUAGUUCAGAUAUUGUGAGCGAUUUCACAUCGUGAAUCUUAGAUACAGUUUCGUUUCCGAGUUGAAGUAGUCAUCACCAUGAGAUUGAGAAAGGGAAGCAAAGUGGAGAUCCCUGGUACUACCGAUGGACCUAGUGUGGAAUGGCGAUGUGCGCGAAUAAUUUCUGGUAAUGGGAACACCUACAGAGUUCAGUAUAACCGUUCUAGUACAACAAGUGAGGCUAGCAUAGUAAGAGUUUCAAGGAAUGCCAUCAGACCAUCCCCCCCUCCAAUCAAAGGUAUUGGGAAUUGGGCAGCAAAUGAUCACGUGGAGGUUUACAAUUUUGGUUCAUGGAGAGCAGCCACUGUUUUGAAAUUCAUUGAUGGAGAUUUCUUCUUGGUAAGGCUAUGGGUAUCUUGCAAAGAGUUAACGGUACUCAAGGUAAACAUGAGGGCACGCCAGACUUUUCAAAAUGGUGAAUGGAUUCUUAUGUCAAAGGGGUCUGGCAAGUCACCAGUUAGGAAGUCUAACUUGAUUUCUAACAGUUCCAAGGAUCAGCCUGAAAAUAAAUGCCGAAAUAUUUUUUCUCGAGGAUUAGAUGCCAGUGAUCACCAGGAACGCCUGGUCUCAUCUUCAACGUUGAAAAGAAUGUCCCCUUUUGUCUCCUCUUAUCCCAGAAAAUUAAGGACUGUGUCGAAUAUGGGUGAGUGUGAAAGAUUCAAAGUUGUAACUACAGCCCCCUUGCUGCAAAAGGUACAUGCUGUUGUUUACCCACAAAAUAAUAUGGGUGAAAAAUGCAUGCAUACUUCCUUUACUAAUGGUACCAACAAAUAUUAUGAAACAGGAAAGGAGAAUUCUUGUAAUGUUUCAACACACUUUCUUGAACGAAUUGAAGAACCUGAUUAUUCUUGUAGUGAUCUGAGUUCUGUUGGCAGUUGUAGUGUGAUUAGUAGUAACUCAAAUAAAAUUUCCAGUGAUACCUUAGCAGGUCCUUGCCAAGAUGAAGAUACCCUUUGCAGUGAUGCAGAAUCUCUAGAUGUUGGAGAUGUGGAUAAAGGAUGCUCCACUUCUACCAGUGAGGUUGCAGCAGAAACAAUUCAUAGGUUUGAGUUGAAUGCAUACCACAGUACCCUAGAAGUUUUGCAUGCCUCUGGUCCUUUAAGUUGGGAAAAAGAAGAAAUAUUGACUAACCUUCGUAUUUUACUCAAUAUUUCAAAUGAUGAACAUUUGAUGGAGAUAAAGAACUUAGGUUCGUGUGGUCAGAAUUUUUAAAUGUUUACACUUUAAUCCCUCAUUUGUACAGCCUUAUUAGGUUCUGAAGAACAGUACAUAUUUUUGAAUAAAUAUUUUUUCUUAAAAUUUCUAUAUUCGGGAAAUUAUGUUGAUUUACACUUUAUGUAUUUGCUAGUCUCUUAAUCUCUUUCUCUCUCUCUCUCUCUGACAUUUGAUGUUGUAAUUUUUCCUUUUCAAUUGGUACGAGUUCGUAGCUUCUACACCUGCCAUGAUUUGCUGAUAUGAGAUAUUCAUCUGAUUGUCUCUGACUACUUGUUGUAUACGAUGUAAUUGCCUAGUGAUGAUUAACGACUUCAUGAAUUUGCAUGGACAGCUUGAUUGUAGUUCUGAUAUUUAAUCCAAAAUAUUGCUUAAUUUGAAUAAAAUAUAUUAGCGAUCUAUUUUAUGGCGUCACCUUUUCUGCCAUUUGACUAUUAUUGAUGAAUCAACUACAACUUUCCAGGGCCAGUGUAGGAGGCUUGCAUGCCUUGCUUCCAAUGGCUAAAUAUGAUACUAGGUUUGCUUCUCCUCUCUCUGCAAAUUAAUUGGUCUCAUCUACCAAUAAUUUUCUUACUGAGAUUUUAAAAUUCUGACCAUUGUAUAUCACUCAUGUGAUUUAAGACCAUGAUCUCGCUUUUAAAUUGCAGAUGUAAUCCUCAUAUGCCAGGUCUUAUUGUGCAAUUAUUCAGAUAAUAAUAAUUUAAUUCAUUUAUUUGCGUACGGUGUGAAUUAUCUUCACUGUUGCUUGAAUACUUUAUCCUGUAAGAGUAAAAAAAAUGAUGCUAGUAUGUUCAGAAUCUGUUAUAUAUCAGGUAUCUAAUUGCCCUGGAUUUCUGUCCCGUUGCCUCUCCAUUAUGCAUAAGCAGAUGUGUGGUGUGUUGACAUGGAGCAAAUUGCAGCUGCAAUAGUGCUUUGCAGUCACUACUUCAAACGGGUAAAAAUCUCACAUCUCGGUAUUUGCAUUAUUGACCUAAUUAAUUUAGGGUCGUUUGCUCAAAUAUCAUGUACUUUCUAACCCCUGUCUGCAAAAAUAUUCUCUCCAUUCCCUAUUUACAUCUCACCCCUGGCUGUAUCUCCUUAUUCUUCCGCGUGUAUGUACAAUUUGCAUUUCCCAAUCCUCUAUUUUUACUAGUCUAUUGCCCACCUUUGUCCUCUGAGAAAGAACCCCUUGGUUCGUUUCUGUUUUUCCUUUUGCUUCUUCAUUUUGUGCAGCACUUUCUUGAGUAAUUAAAUUAUGCCUUAAAUAUGCGUCAAAUGUGCAUCUUGUAGACUGACUAAUUCUGUACGGCUUUGAUUGUAAAGGACAAAUAUUAAAUUUUUGUUGGCCUUUGUCCCCAAAUAUGCACUAUAAAUUACUUGUUUGAAUACAUACUUGUUGUGGUCAGCCCAUUAUAUACCGUCUUAUUGUACCUUUUUUCAACUGGUCACUUAGUGCGCAUAUUUUUCCAAACUUUCUUAGAUUUGGAUCUUAUAAUUUCCUCGAGGUUAUAAAAAAUUUAAUUUUGUUCUCUUUACAUUGAUGAAAAUGGCAUAUAAUGGCAACAUGUUAGCAAUGGUUGGUUGUUCUCUUUACAUUAAUGGAAUUUUGACUGUAAAGUAACAGGAAUGCGCAUGCACCCGUCUUACUCAAAUCAAUUAGCUCAUUUCCUCUUUUCUUUCUAUAGUGGUUUCUGAGCAUGUAGGUUGCAAGUUCAAAAUGUCUGACAUCUCUCCUUAGCCCCUCGAUAUUAUGAAGCAUACUGUCAAUUGGCCAUCAAGAAACGUGUUAGGACAUCCAUUGAUUGCUUUGACAUGGAGCAUCAUUUUCUAUGUAUAUUCUCAUUGAGGUUAAUUUUGUUUUUUUUGUCCCAUUGUUUUUGUCUCCAAUAAAUUAUAUUGUUUGUUGGCUUUACGUACUAAUCGCUAAUGAGAUCUGUUGGUGACAUUCUGUUAACCUUUGCAACGUGAUCAUUCUGAUUCUCAACUGUCUAUUUUGAACUGUUAUAUAUAGGAAUUGAAAAGAAAAUUAUAUCGUCUAUUCAUAGACAUAAUUCCCUGUAUUUUAAUCCUUUGCACUUUUUUCUAAAAUUCAUUUAGGCCAUUCUAGUUGUGUAGUUUUUGCUGUGGACAAUUUGAAUCCCAUUUGAUGAGCUGAUCAAUGUUUUGGCUUUUGCAAAUAAGAAGGCUUGUGGAAGCGAAGCACCUGAGAAGACGAUGUGUUAAGCAAAUCUUAUGCAUAUUUUGGUUUGCCUCUUUAUGUGCCUGUGUAAUGUCUGACUUCGCUUUCGGUAUAUGAAUUUGUCUAUUAUCUUAAAUCAGUAUUUAUUUGAUGUACAUUAUGCCCUAUGAAAUUAAUCUGUUAAAAUUUUGUAUCAUUGCAGCCUGUGCUGUGUAAGUCGAUAUAGAUUUCAUUCCAUCAGUGUAUAGAGUUAUUACUGUUCUGUUAAUGUGCUUUAAGAUGGAAAAACAGUGCUAUAAAUGUUUACAGUUAUUAUUCA